GCUGCAACACCCAAACCUUAUCCUCGUCCCACCCACUAUCAAGACGUCAAGUUCCUGAACAUCAUACUUGGUACCUCCCCUCACUCCAGCAACAUAGCGCAAUCAUGUCGGGGCUCGAGAAGGCGUUGUUCAACCUCAAGGUAAGUCCGUGUUUGUCUCGAUACUCUUCAACACCCGAGAACCGACAAACACCUUGGGUCGGUAUCUCCAAAUUCCUGAGAUUAUGCUAAUGAUAGCAUGAAAUAGUUUACCACGAAGCAACUUAGUCGACAAGCCGCGAAAGCUGGUAAAGAUGAGAAAACCGAGAAGGAUAAGCUCAAGAAGGUAAACUUUCGCCCGCCAGCCUCCCAAGCCAAGUCUAAUCGUAGAAUAGGCAAUUCAACAAGGCCACAACGAUAUCGCAAAGAUAUACGCCCAAAAUGCGAUCCGAAAACAAAACGAGAGACUGAAUCUUUUGAGACUGGGGAGCAGAAUCGAUGCCGUGGCUAGCAGAGUACAGACCGCAGUUACGAUGCGCCAGGUCACAGGCAGUAUGAUGAACGUGGUUAAAGGAAUGGACCAAGCAAUGAAGGCUAUGGAUUUAGAGAAGGUACGACUUCUUUCUUUACUCUACUAUGGUUUUCGCAGUACCUAAUGUGUGGCGCUUUGAUAGAUUUCCGCAGUAAUGGACCGCUUCGAAACACAAUUCGAGGAUCUUGAUGUUGCAACCGGAUAUUACGAGAACGCAACCACAUCAGCCACCGCGGUCGGUACCCCACAAGAAGACGUCGAUAGACUUAUGAACCAAGUCGCAGAUGAGGCCGGUGUUGAACUACACCAAGAAAUGGAGGGCGCCAAGCCAGUUGCUUCUACGCCGGUGAAGAGUGGACCGACAGAGGUCGAGGAAGAUGGGUUGGGCGAGAGGUUGAGAGCACUACGGUCUUGAGCGGUUCACGAAUCUUGGGUACGGAUAAUCAUACUUGCGACUGUGUCUUUUCAGAUGCACGGUCUGGAUUACUGUGCUACUCGCAUCAUACAUUGUUUUUGAGAAGUCAGAUAUGGGUAAAGUGGGUUGGGAGGCGUUGGUUCUGCUGGAUUUGAUACUUCUUAUUAUUGCAGAUGAGACUGCGAAUCGAUCUAUUCAUUCACGCGCUUAAUAUCCCCAUGAUUCGCUGUUUAUUUUAAUCUAGAGAUUCCUUCCUUAA